AGCUGUUGUGUGUACUAGUAGGUGUUGCGCUUUCAUUUGUGUUGGGUUCGAACAGCAAAUAAAUAUUGAAAAAUGUUGGUAGAUUAUAGCAGCUCUUCCGAUUCCGAAACUGAGGAUGAUAAAAAAAGUUCAAUGCGUCAGAAAAUGGAAACUAAUUUGGAAACACAAACAUCUAUUUUGCCAAAAGCCACCACCUUACUUGGAAAACGAAAAUUGUACUCUUGCGAAGAUCCCUUGGCGGAUGAUUCGUCACUUCAUCAAGGACGUAUACGAAGUUUUAAACAUGAACGUGGCAAUUGGGCCACAUAUGUGUUUAUUGGUGUGCCCCUUUAUAUUUUGGAAGAUGUACAGGAUGUAUGCCUGACACAUUUUAAGGAUAUCUAUGAUAUAAAAUCGACCCCAGAUCUGCAUAUAAGUCUUAGUAAGACUGUGGUUUUACAAUAUCAUUUCAUAGAGUCGUUUGUAAAAAGUCUGGAAGAGAUUAUUACACCUAUAUCCAGUUUAACAGUCUCGCUCAAUAAACUGAAGGUUUACACAAAUGCUGAACGCACUCGAACUUUUUUAGCUGUUAAAGUUGAUGACAUACAUUUAAAGCAGAUGUUCGAUAUUUUACAUAAAGUCGACAAUGUAAUGCUGAAUUUUAAACUGCCGGAAUUUUAUGAGGAUCCAUCAUUUCAUAUAAGCAUAUUAUGGUGUGUUGGCGAUCACGCCAAUGGGAUGAAUGAGAGAUUAGCCGAACUAAUGGCAAUUUUAAAAGAUCAUUUUCCUAUUGAGUUAAGAAUCGAUAAAAUUUAUUGCAAAAGUGGUUUCAAAGAAUUCUCUUUUCAACUUAAAUAAUAAAAAUACUUUUUUAGACUUUUUU